ACUAGAAUCAUCGUCCUGCCAUACUAUGGCUUCUUCUUCCCACCAGUCUCUCCUUCACAAACCCAAAAAAUCCAUUUCCAGAACCAUCUUCCUCGCUCUCUCUCUAGCUGCUCUCAUAGGCUGCUCAGCCGUUGUUGCCUCUACUCUCUUCACACCCUCCUCCUCCUCCUUCGUCAACCUCUUCCACCCUCUGCAUCAUCAUCUCUGUGAUCAUGCCCUUCACAAAUCAUCAUGCCUUGCCCACGUCUCUGAGUUAACUAAAGAUUCAGCCUUUAACGACCAAAAAUCCAAAUUGCUUCAAUCUUUUCUGAUCAAAUCCACCUCACAAAUUCAGAAAACCGUGGACUCAACCAAAGCCAUCAAACACAGGAUCAAUGAUCCAAAACAGCACCAAGCUCUGCUUGUCUGUGAGCAACUUCUGGACUCUUCCCUUCAUAGAGUUUGGGACUCUGCGGUGGCCCUCACAGAAAACACAACCAAAUCCUACCAGGAUGCUCACACAUGGCUCAGCACUGUCCUCACUAACCACAUCACUUGCUUGGAUGAGCUAGAGGGAUCAGGUCGAGCCCUUAUAGAGUCUGAGCUCAAUGACUUAGUCGCCAGAGCAAGAACCUCCCUAGCCAUGCUUGUUCAUGUCAUGCCCUCUAAAAUUGAAACUAUUAAGGAGCCACUGAAUGGGGAGUUUCCCUCAUGGGUGACCAGUAAGGAUAGGAAGCUUCUGGAGGCUUCUGCAAAUGAUAUAAAGGCUAACGUUGUGGUGGCCAAGGAUGGAAGUGGCAGGUUUAAAACAGUGAAGGAGGCUGUGGCUGCGGCACCUGAUAACAGUAAGACGAGGUAUGUAAUAUAUGUGAAGAAGGGAGUUUAUAAAGAGAAUGUUGAGAUUGGAUCCAAGAAGAAGAAUGUGAUGCUGGUGGGUGAUGGUAUGGAUUCCACUAUCAUCACUGGAAGCUUGAAUUUCAUCGAUGGAACACCCACCUUCAGAACUGCCACCGUCGCUGCGGUUGGGGAUGGAUUCAUAGGCCAAGACAUAUGGUUCCAGAACACGGCAGGCCCACAGAAGCACCAAGCGGUGGCUCUCCGCGUCGGCGCCGACCUCUCCGUCAUCAAUCGCUGCCGUGUCGACGCCUUCCAAGACACUCUCUACGCCCACUCCAACAGGCAAUUCUACCGUGACUCCUUCAUCACAGGCACCGUCGACUUCAUCUUCGGCAACGCCGCAGUUGUGUUCCAAAAGUGCAACCUCGUGGCCCGAAAGCCAGAGGCUAAACAGAACAACAUGGUCACAGCUCAAGGACGCGAAGACCCAAACCAGAACACAGGAACUUCCAUCCAGCAAUGUAACCUAACACCAAGCUCCGAUCUCAAGCCCGUCGUGGGCUCAGUCAAAACCUUUCUGGGUCGUCCAUGGAAGGAAUUCUCUCGAACUGUCGUGAUGCAGUCAUUCCUGGAUAGCCAUAUUGACCCAUCAGGAUGGGCUCCAUGGGACGACAAGCAAUCCACGCUGAAGAAUCUGUAUUAUGGAGAGUACAUGAACAAAGGACCUGGUGCUGGGACUUCCAAGAGAGUGAAAUGGCCUGGGUUUCAUGUGAUUACAAGUGCCGCUGAGGCUAGCAAAUUCACAGUGGCUCAGCUCAUUCAAGGAGGAACUUGGUUGAAGGACACUGGGGUCGCCUUCACUGAAGGACUAUAGAUCGAUCACUUCUUGCGUUUUAAACCUUUGAGCAUGUUUCUUCCAUGGGCUUAUGCUAGUUUUAAGAACUUGGUACUGUAGUGGUGAUGUAUUGGUGAUGAAGAUGAUAAUCGAAUUUCCCCGGUGAGUUCAUGUAAUGGCCGCGUAACGUAACUUAUCAUGUUUUGGAAAUAAAUUAAUUUCAUCUUACCUUAAUAA